AUGAGUGCGGAAGAGGGCAGCCCCGCGGUUUCCGACCAGGCCGCGAACGAGGAACAGGCUGGAACGCGCGAUGAGGAUGUAUCCGGGGGCGCAGGCGCGGACGCCGUGGCUGACGAGGAUCAGGGGCAGGACGAUGAGGAGGGCGCGGACGACGGCGGGGUAGAGGACCUUGAGGACGAAGAGGAGGAGGAGGCGGAGCAGGAGGGCGCAAGGAAGAAGGGAAAGAAGAGGCGCCAGGGCGGGUCGAGGUUCAUCGAUGAUGCUGCGGAGGACGGCGACGAGGAUGAAGAUGAGGAGGAGGAGGCCGCCAACGAAGGCGAUCGGCCCAAGGUGAAGCGCAGCAGGUUCAUCGACGACGCUGCCGAGGACGAGGAUGAGGACGAGGAGGGUGAUGAGGACGAGGAGGACGAGGAGGAGGAGCCCGCGGCAGCGGGCGGCGAGGACCGCGGCGAGGAGGGCGCGCACGAGGAGGACCACCUCGAGCUCCAGGGAGAGCUGCGGCGGCAGAGGGAGCGCGAGGAGGAAGCGGACCAGCUGGGGGAGCAGCUGCGCAGGCGAAUCGAGGAGCGCUACAAGCAGCCCGAGUACAUGCAAGAAGCUGGACAGGACCGCGAGGUGGACCAGCAGGCCCUGCGCCCCACCUCAGCGGACCCUUCGGUGUGGGCCGUGAUCUGCAAGGCCGGGAGGGAGCGCGAGCUGGUGGUGGCGGUGCUGCGCAAGUGGGUGUUCUCGCACCGCUCGGGGAAGCCCCUGAAGAUCAAGUCCGUGUGGGCGCGGGACGAGAUCAAGGGCUACAUCUACGUCGAGGCGUUCAAGGAGAGCCACGUCAAGGAGGCCAUCGGGUCCAUGCAGAACGUGAUCCACUCGCGCGGCUACCAGCUCGUCCCGCGCGAGGAAAUGAUCUCCUCCAUCACGCCCUCGGCCCAGGCGAAGGAGAAAAUCACCGACGGGUCCUGGGUGCGCAUCCGCUCGGGCGUCUACAAGAACGACCUCGGCAGGGUGCAGAACGUCGAUCUCGCUCGCGGCAGGGCGGUCGUAGAGCUGGUGCCGCGGCUCGACUACCCGCUGCUGGCGUACAGGCAGGCGAGGGCGCGUGGCGAGGAGGUGGGGGACCCCCCCAAGUCGCAGUUCCGUCCCGUGGCGCGGCCGUUCAACGCGGAGGAGGCGAGGACGUACGGCGUCGACCCCCAGGACUACGGGCGGUACUGGCAGAUCGACAGCCUUCGCAUCGUCGGGGGCUACCACGUGCGCGACUGCUCCCUCAAGAUGCUGAUGCUGGAGUCCGCCCCGUCGCUCGACGAGAUCCAGGUGUUCAACGCCGCCAAGCAGGACGGCAACGCGAUGGACGAGGACGACGCGGAGGGAGGGCGCGGCGUGUCGGACCUGGAGCAGCUGGCGAAGAUGCUGCCCAAGAUCGACGACUCGACUGCGGGAGUGCUGUUCAAGAAGGGAGACAAGGUCCUGGUGACGCGCGGGGAGCAGAAGAACCUGCGCGGCGUGAUCGUGAGCAUCACGGGCGGCAGCGUCGAGGUCAUGCCGUUUGACGAGGCGUUCAAGGACAUGGGGGCCUUCACCAUCCCCCUGAAGGACCUGAGCAAGACCUUCGACGUGGGCGACGCGGUGGUCGUCGACAAGGGGCAGUACCAGGGCGCCACGGGGCAGGUCUCGCGGGUCGACAAGCAGGUGGUCACGUUCUUCAACGACUCGACGCAGAAGCCAGUGCAGGUGUUCGCCAGGGACCUGUCCAUCUCCAAGGAGCGGCCCGCGUCGAUGUCGGCCAUCGGACAGUACCGCCUGUUCGACUUGGUCAUGAUCGACCAGGAGACGUUCGGCGUCAUCAUCAAGAUCGAACCGGGGUCGUGCACGGUGCUCACCAACCACUCGCAGCCCGGUCGGAACGACAUCCAGGUGUGCCGCCUGAGCGAGAUCAAGAAGAAGAUCGAGGCUCAGGUGCAGACGACCGACGUCCGAGGGAAUGCCAUCCGCAAGCGCGACAUGGUGGAGAUCAUCGCAGGGCCGGCAAAGGGUGUGGAGGGCACCGUCGUGUACGUGUGGCGGAAGCACGUGUUCCUCAACACCGUCGGCUCCUUGAAGUACAAGGGCAUGCUGUGCAUCCCAGCGCAGCAAGUCGCAGCGCGCGGCAUGAACGCGGGACCCGCCGCUGCGGUGGCCAACGGCCCUGCUGGCCUCAGAACCCCGGCGUUUGGACCAGGCGGCGGUGGCUUGGGGGGGCGGCCUGCGCGGCCACCCGCACCCAUCCGGCGCGACAGGAUCGUCGGCCAGCAUGUCAAGGUUCAGAAGGGCUCGUACCGGGGAUACUACGGAAAGAUCGAGCACGCGGAUCCCGACCAGGUCAAGAUCCGCCUGGACGCAAACGGGCAGCUGGUCAACGUGAAGCGCGCACACCUCGACGCCGCCUACCAGCAGGGGGCGGCGCCAUCUGGCCUGCUGGUGGGCCUGCGGCGGGGCGGGCCCCGGCCGGCCUUCGGGAGCGCGACGCCCGGGAUGGCAGCAUUCCGCGCCACUCCUGCUCACGCGGGAGCCGCGACAGCUCUGCACCCCGGCGCAACGCCGUUCCACUCCGGAGCUGCGACUCCCAUGCAUGCCCCGAGCACACCGUUCCACGAGAGCGUCUGGAACCCUGCCUACGGAGCCACGGCGACGCCCGCCCACGGCGAUGCGGCACCUCUCAUGGCGCCCCCGGGCAGUGCGACCCAAGGCGCCUACUCAACAGGAGGCUUGGACGCUGCGUUGGGAGGCCAGCCGAGCGGCGGAGGCACUGAGACAGAGCUCACACCGGAGUGGGAGGGCGUCGUUGUGGAAUUCCGGGCAUCCGGGCAGCGCGCACGCGUGCUCAAGGUCCAAGACAGCCAGUGCGAAGUCGAGCUUGGCAGCGUCGACGGGGGCAGCUUCGUAGCCAAGGAAGGCGAACAGCGCACCUCCGUGCCAGCGAGUGACCUGCAGCUUGUCGCGCCUGGUGCGGGAGAGGCCGCGAAGGUGGUCGCGGGGAAGCUCGUCGGCAAAGUGUGCACGGUGAAGGCGGCGCCCCCUGGAGGCUCCCAGCUGAUUCUCGCCGUCCCGGACGGAACGUUCGAGGCAGUCCCAAGAGGAAACGUCGGGCUGGCAUGCAACUGA